AGCCGAAAGCCCGGGUUUGGCCUUGUGUUCUGCCGUAGAGGAUGUCCGGUUCGAGGCAGUGAGGAAAAUCGGGGCCCUUGUCUACCAACCUCACCGGGCGAAGAGAAGCCUGCGGGCGCGGGAGGGAGGGAGCGCGAACCCCAAAGAAAAGAGCUAGCGCGCGGUCAGCUGCAGGGCAGAGGGGGAGUGUGCCGGGUCCCCAAGAACGAGCUUGAUCGUGCCGCUCUCCGAGACCAUGGUGCAGGCGGAGCUCGGGGCGAUCCCCAGAUGAGAGCAGCUGCUCUCUCUGCCGGCGAUCCCACCGCGCUAGAUAGAACCGGGUAGAUGCGGGUUAGUGGAGAAAGGAUGCUGCCCGCACUGCUCCCUGCUUGCACCCUGAGUGGCCGCAGCGGUAGCAGCAGAAGGCACAGCCCCGGCCAAGGAGGCGGCUCGAGCUGUUGCUGAAGUCGCUUGGCAGUUCUUUCUCCGUAGUGUGCGAGUUGAGAAAACAGCCAGAGAGCAGGGCUCCCCAUUACAACUGUCUUCGGGCUCUUUUCCCUUGCUACUCGGAGCUGAUUUAUGCGAAAACAUGCCUUGCACUUGCACCUGGAGUAACUGGAGGCAGUGGAUUCGACCUUUAGCUGUGGUCAUCUACCUGGUGUCCAUAGUGGUUGCAGUUCCCCUGUGCGUGUGGGAAUUACAGAAACUGGAGGUUGGAAUACACACCAAGGCUUGGUUUAUUGCUGGAAUCUUUUUGCUGUUGACUAUACCCAUAUCCCUUUGGGUGAUAUUGCAACACUUAGUGCAUUAUACACAACCUGAACUACAAAAACCAAUAAUAAGGAUUCUUUGGAUGGUACCCAUAUACAGUUUAGAUAGCUGGGUAGCUUUGAAAUACCCCAGCAUUGCAAUAUAUGUGGAUACCUGCAGAGAAUGCUAUGAAGCUUAUGUCAUUUACAACUUUAUGGGAUUCCUUACCAAUUAUCUAACUAACCGAUAUCCAAAUCUGGUAUUAAUCCUUGAAGCCAAAGAUCAGCAGAAACAUUUCCCUCCUUUAUGUUGCUGUCCACCAUGGGCAAUGGGAGAAGUAUUGCUGUUUAGGUGCAAACUGGGAGUGCUGCAGUAUACAGUUGUCAGACCAUUCACCACCAUCGUUGCUUUAAUCUGUGAGCUGGUUGGUAUAUAUGAUGAAGGGAACUUUAGCUUUUCAAAUGCUUGGACUUACUUGGUUAUAAUAAACAACAUGUCUCAAUUGUUUGCCAUGUAUUGUCUCCUGCUAUUUUAUAAAGUACUAAAGGAAGAACUGAGUCCAAUCCAACCUGUUGGCAAAUUUCUUUGUGUAAAGCUAGUGGUUUUUGUUUCCUUCUGGCAAGCAGUAGUUAUUGCUUUGUUGGUAAAAGUUGGCGUUAUUUCUGAAAAGCAUACAUGGGAAUGGCAAACUGUAGAAGCUGUGGCUACAGGACUCCAGGACUUUAUUAUCUGUAUUGAAAUGUUCCUUGCUGCUAUUGCUCAUCACUACACCUUCUCGUAUAAACCAUAUGUCCAAGAAGCGGAAGAGGGCUCCUGCUUUGAUUCCUUUCUUGCCAUGUGGGAUGUUUCAGAUAUUAGAGAUGAUAUUUCUGAACAAGUAAGACAUGUUGGACGAACAGUCAGAGGACAUCCUAGGAAAAAAUUUUUUCCUGAGGAUCAAGAUCAAAAUGAACAUACAAGCUUGUUAUCAUCAUCAUCACAAGAUGCAAUGUCUGUUGCAUCUUCUAUGCCACCUUCACCAGUGGGACACUACCAAGGAUUUGGACACACUGUGACUCCCCAGACUACUCCCACUACAGCCAAGCUAUCUGAUGAAGUACUUGGGGAUGCUACGGAGGAGAAAAAAGAACCUUCAGCUAAAUCUAUGGACUCCUGAGCAGUAUGAAAAAACUGUGCUAAAACCAUGAUAUUCCAUUACCCAGUAUCUCCCAUAGCUCAGGAUUUUGUGCUUGGGACAAGCCAUAAUUAUGGAAAAUUUCAACACAAAGAUAGGUGAAAACCAAGUACAACUAUUGGAUUUAUAUAAAUGAGUUUUAUAUAUUGCAAACUGUCUAAAUUUCCUAGACUUAGACUUAAGAACAUUAGAAUACCACAUACUCGAAUGGUAGAAGAUGACUUCCAACUAAAUGCUCUUGAUGUCACAUUACUUUAGCAAGAGGAUGGACAUUUCUAAAACAACGCUUUCUACCAUGCUGCAUGAAUAUAAUGCUUUGGAAUUAACAGAAGGCAUAAUCCAGGAAAAUGAAUUAGUGGAAUUUAAUCAUGUGCCAUAAAAGCUUACCUAACAGUUAUUUCUCUACUCCUCAACUGGAUGUCUUUCAAUAAAAAAUAAUUUAUCAUUUUUCCCGCAAAUUUUUAUGUCUCUCAUUCUUUAAAUAUAAACCCUUAAUGCUUUAACAAAAACUUCUGAUUAAGGCACAGCGAAAAUGUUAAAUUACUGCUUUUGUUCAGAGCUAUUAAAGCUGCCAACUGCUGAGUGGUCUGAAUUAUUCAUUAAGCCACACUCAGACCAAAGUAGAUCUUAUUUGGGAGAAAGUUAUUAUUUAAGGAUGAGGUUUCUUUAGUUGAAAAUCGAAACCAACUGGGUCAUGUUUAACAUUUUGUAAUAGUAAGAAAGUAUAAAAAGUAUCAUUACAAUGUUGCGUAUGGAAAGAAGGAGUAUAGUUACUCAAAACCUUUGCUGUAUGUGUUUUAUGCACUACAUUUAUAUAUGGCAUAUUCAACAUGCCUUUAUAUGAUGUUAAAUAUAUUAGUUCGUAGUAGUUCAUAGUAUUCUGUUCAGAUUACCAAAUACUUCUUUUGAAAGUAAAACUAAGCAACAUGUAGAAAAACCCCAAAUAUUUCACAAGCUGCUUGAAUAACUGAAUUCGUUAGAAUAAAUCAAUUCAGUAAAGUUACAGGAUACAAAAUCAACAGAAAAAUCAGUAACAUUUUUAUAUAGAAAUAAGUAAAAGAGAAAUUUAAAGGAAAUCCCAUAGAAAAAACAGAGUAAUAAAUUUAACUUAGGAGGUAAAAGAUGUGUACACUGAAAACCAUAAAACACUGAUGAAAGAGAUUGAAGACACAAAUAGAUGGAAAGAUAUUGUGUUCAUAGAUUGGAAGAAUUAAUAUUGUUAAAAUGUCCAUAUGACCCAAAUCAAUACAAACAAUGUAAUCCCUAGCACAAUCCCAAUAACAUUAUUCACAGAAAGAAAACAUACUUCUAAAACUUAUACAGAAACAUAGAAGACCCUAAAUAGCUAAAACAACCCUAAGGAAAAUAUUGGAGGUAUCACAUUUACUGAUAUAAAAUUUUAAAACUUUAAUGGUACUGUCUUAAAUGGACCAGUGGAACAGAAUAGUCCACAAACCUAAUGGUCAAACCUAAAUGGUCAAAUAAUUUUUGACAGGGGCACCAAGAGGAUAUACCAGGGAAAAGACAGUCUCAAUAAAUAGUGCUAGGAAAACUGGAUUUACGCAUACCAAAGAAUUAAAUUGGACCUUAUGACCAUACACAAAAAAGUUAACCAAAUGAAUAAAGGAAUAAAUGUAAGACCGGAAACAACAAAACUAGAAGAGAACAUAGGAGGAAAGCUCUUGAAUGUUGACUUUAGCAAUGAUUUUUUUGGAUAUCACACCUAAAGCUUGGGCAAUAAAAGCAAAACAAUAAAUCAGACUAGAGUAGGCCUUCUGUAUCCACACUUUGCACCGGUGGAUUCAACCAACCACAGAUGGAAAAUAUUCUAAAGAAAAACUCGUAUAUACAUGAAUGUGUGCUUUUUCUCUUGUCAGUACGCCCUAAACUGUAACAACUAUUACAUGGCAUUUACGUACUCUAGAGCUGAUUUAAAGUAUGAAGGAGGAUGUAUUUAGGUUGUACGUAAACACUGUGUGCCAUUGUAUGACAGACUUGAGCAUCACUGGAUUUUGGUAUCCUUGGGAAGGGGCUACAGAUACCAAGAGAUAACUAUACAUCAAACUAUAAAGAUCUGCACAGCAAAUGAAAUGGGAGCCUACCAACAGGGAAAAAAUAUUUAUAAACCAUAUUAUCUGAUAAGAAAUUAACAUUUAUAAAAAAUUCACACAACUCCAUGGUGGAAGAACAACCUUAUUAAAAAAUUGUCUGAAGACCUGAAUAAACACUUCUCCAAAUACAUAAAAAUGGCCAGCAGGUACACAAAAAGAUGCUCAACAUCAUUAGUCAUCAAGGAAAUGCAAAUCAAAAUCAUUAUGAGAGACCUCACACCCAUCGGCAUGGCUAUUGUUUACAAUAUCAAAAGAGUUGGCAAGAGUGUGAAGAAAAGACAACUUCUGAACACUGUUGGUGGGAACAUAGACUAAUACAGCCAUUGAAGACAGUAUGGAGGUUCUGAAGAAGUUAAAAGUAAGACAGUAUGGAGGUUCUGAAGAAGUUAAAAGUAGAAUGACUAUGUCCUGAUCCAGCAAUCCCUCUUCUGGGCCUGCACUCAAAGGAAUGAAGUCACCACUUCAUAGUAAAACAUGGAUGUGUCCCGUGUCCCAUACAGCAUUAUUCAGAACUGCUAAGGUGCAGAAAAUGUUUCUGUUGAUAGACAAAUGGAUAAGGAACUGGUAUAUAAAUACAAUGGAAUACUAUUCAGCCUUUAGGAAGGAGACUUGACCACAACAUGGAUGAGCCUGGAAAACCUGCUAAGUGAAACAAAUCAGACCCAGAAAGAAAAAUGUUAACAGUGAAAAUGAUUUCACUUACCUGUAAAAUCUAUAGAUGUACAGAGAACAAAACAGUGGUUGGGAGAGCAGUGACAUUGGGGAGGAAAUGGGUUGCUGUAGGUUAGAAGAUACAAAGUAGCAAAUGUAAAAAUGAACAGAUCUAAAGAUCUAAUGUAUAACAUGAAAACAACAGGUAAUUGUAUUAUAUUUGGGAUUCAUGCUAAUGAGGAGGUUUGAGCUGUUCUUGCCACAGAAACACAAGACUGCUAACUCAGAUGGUAGAUAUGUGAACUCACUUCACACUAAUAAGUUUUUUACUAUCUAUGUGUAUCCUAUAACAUCAUGUGUAUCUCACAUAUACGCAAUAAAAUUUAUUAAAAAAAAAAAAAAAAGUAAAGCUGGGUAAUUCAACAGUAAUAGAGGUAAUGUGGGAUAGGCAGCCCAGAGCAAAGAAUAUCUUAGUUUUCCUUGUGGCCUGCUUACAAAAAGCAUACAGCAUAUUCAAUGCCUGAAAAUGAUCUUAUUAAUCUCCCUAUUUCAAAAGUUUGUAAAAACUGAGUCAAUUAUUUUCUUGUUCUUGUUUCUUAUUCUAAAGCAAAACUUUGAAAACUAGUGGUUUAGGACUAAUU